UGCAGCCUUGUCACCAUCCUCUCCACCUUGUCUUGCUGUUGCUGCCCCACCAUCACUCGCACUUUCUCGAGCUGCCAAUUCUUCAGCCCUUACGUUCUUCCACAUCGACAACCCACAUGAAACACGAGUCUUCAUGACGUCCAACGCAAAGGCGAACCCUCCGCCGGGGGCGAACACUCUUGUUCCCGAAUCCUUUCUGGAUGUACCUACACAAAGACUAUACGCACUGAGUAUCGGAGCUCUUUGCCAGGCUAUCAAAGUUUUCGACUUCCUGCGAUAUUUGGUUCUGCCAGACGUGGCCAAUGGCGGCUACGUCAAGAAAUGGCUCACUGCCGACUUCCUCUUCUGCUUUUGCCUUGCGCAACUCCGUAUACCGCGACUAAGGUAUAGCAAGUCAGUCGUCGCUCUGCAAAUCCUGUCGUUGUGGUUCCUUAACGGGCUCAUGUUUGGCGGGAUUACCGUCAAUGUUGGAGGAACACGGUCAUGGACGGUUGUGCCUUCGCUUGGUCUUGCAAACCGAGCAAACAUUGCUUCAACGCCUCCGGGAUCUGGCCUUUGGGAUAUGCUCCCUAGGUUUGGUCUUGGCUCUCUUACUAGCUCGAGCGGAGGGAAGGAUGCGCACCUUCUAGGACAGCAUACCGUCCGGAUGUCCCCCAUCAGCACGGCACACCUGAAUCCCCAUGGGCAGACGUUCUGCCUAGCGUCAUCUGGUCACAGCGUACUCAUUCCUCUCCUUCUGAAUAACACCACCCCUGCGGGUGUUCGGCACUCACUCGUGCCCCUGGGCUAUGUCGAAGGGUCUGGGGCCAAGAUCGAACGGGUGGACCUGUCAGCGAAGGAUCUAAAAGCUAUCGAAAACGCCCGGCUGGAGGACCUGCAGGUAGCACGGGAUGCUGCAUCGAAGCGCGACAAUGACGAGUAUGACGAGUAUGACGACGAAGAAGACGAUCAAAGCGAUGCCGAGUCUCCUUUCAAGCUGCAGAAGACGCAAAGCGUUACAUACAUUCGAGUAAGCAAGCCUGGAACGCUACGUCUCGACCGUGUCUUGGACACUUCGAACGCCGACGCUCGGCUUGUCUAUCCGGGCGAGGUCACCAUUGUACCGUGCCCUCGAGCGGAGUUCGUCCCGGACGAUAUUCCAGACAUGCGGUGCGCUACGCCUGGUAUUACCAGUGGCGCUGGCGAGGAACUCAAUCUCCAAAUCGACGUCUACGGGGUUCCUCCGCUCAGCUUGCGCUGGUACAAAGAAGUUGAUGGGAGAAGAGAGUCUUUCAUGGUCGAGGGUAUCGAGAGCUCAGGCCACGCACAUCGGCGGACAGGCGACGAGCCCCGCGCAUUGGAACGCACGCCAACGCGACGACCUGCUGCAGAAUUGCGUAUCCCUCUGACAGUUUCCCUCGAUGCGCUCGGAACGCAUUCCUAUGUCUUGGAAACCGUCAUGGAUGCUCUGGGAAAUGUAGUGCAUGCGGGAUCGAGCACGCCUCCAUCGGACUCUUCCGCAUCCGGUGCUCUUCACAAACUGGGAAUUACACCCUCUUACAACGUCUCGGCUUCCCGUACGCGACGUUCUGUAAGCGUUCUGCGCCGUCCCAGUGUCCUGUUUGAGGCGUGUGGUCCUGGCACUCCUGUUUCUUUGCUGAUUGGUUCCGACGCUCCUCUCGUUGUCUCCGCAAAGAAUGCGGACUCAUUGGACGGUCCCUGGGACGUUGGCGUGCACUAUCAACCAUCCGAGGUUGAGGAUAGUGCCAAGAAGAGCACCAAGCGACUCAAACCGUGGACCAAAGACGUGCAAAUGCCACAAGGACGUCGCGACAUGACGUUUCGUGCAAGUGAACCGGGCGAGUACACGUUGGUCGGAGUCAAGGGCAGGUACUGUGAAGGCGACAUCCUGAGCCCUGACACAUGCAAGGUGGUAGAACGACCGUAUCCGACUGCAGAGAUCAAGUGGAAGAAGAUACACGAAUGCUCGGGAGACACGGGAGUAUCAGCAUCUCUGGUAUUACAUGGAACGCCUCCCUUCCAAGUUUAUUACCGGAUGCAGCGCGACAAAGAGCCACCUAGAGAGAUCUCCAAGUCGUUCACUAGCUCCAGAGGCGAACUCACCAUUCAACCGGAGCGCAGCGGUCACUACACCUUCACAUUCUUGUAUUUGAGCGAUGCGAACUACAAGAAGGUGAACCUGAACGGGCCAAGCAUCGACCAGGUAGUGCACCCGCCGGCCCACGCCGAGUUCUCCCAGCGUGAGCCCGUCGGCAGAGGAAAGAGGAAGAUCAGCAGUUGUUCAGGCAGCACUGUCGAUGUGGAUGUUGACCUCCGUGGAACUGGGCCUUGGACCCUCGAAGCGCAGAUCGUUGGGCUUAAGGGCUCGGAGAUCGUGCGCGUACCGAAUAUCUCGAAGUCACGCUAUACGCUCAACCUUCCGAUACCCAAAGACGUUGAUCGGGAUGGCGGUUCUUUUGAGAUUGACCUUGUGAGCGUCGAAGAUUCUUACGGGUGCAAGCGUUCGCUGUCUGUUCCUGGCAUAGCAGUCAACGUCCGCCGAGUGAAGCCUACGGCCCGGUUCUAUGGCAAGGUCGAUGAUCGUCACAUCACGACUCUUGAUAACGAGCAGGCAUCGCUUCCGCUGCGCUUGACUGGCGAUGGGCCAUGGCGAGUCAAAUACAGGCACGUUGAUCGCCCAGACAGACCUCUGUCCGCCACGGUGUCGUCACCCAACGGAGAGUUGCAUGUUUCGGACAAGGGUGUGUAUGAACUCGUCGAGAUUUCUGAUUCGCAAUGCCCUGGAUCGGUGGUAUCAGGAGAUUCUACGUACAGAGUCGACCACGUACCACGCCCAUCCGCCAAACUGUCCCCCGAGAUCCAGUCUAUUUACGAGCCAUACAAUGGCUCACAUAUCCUCCCGCCCAUCUGUGAAGGUGCUCACGAUCACGUAGAUCUGGAUCUGACAGGGCGGCCACCCUUCCAAAUCAUGUACAAUGUCGCACGGGAUAAUGAUGCGGGAGGCACGAAGAUCCUGGACCAACCUACCUUCAGCAGCAUCCAGCCACGAACCAGUUUCCAGCUUCAUACCAGCGAGGCAGCCCGGAUCUACUACGAGGUCAAGCAGGUUGGCGAUGUGGCGUAUCCUCUGGCUAAGAACAAGAAUGCCGUUAUACCACGCUCCGAACGAUUGCUCUUCGAGCAGCAGGUGCUCGUGCGCCCAUCCGCACGCUUCCGCAACCUCAACCGCCUUGCGUACUGCCUCAACGAUGUGUUGCGCCCGCAAGACCCUAGCAGUCUGGAUGGUAUUAUCAUCCUGGAGGGAACACCACCAUUCAAGCUCCACCUGGCCAUCCGGAACGUCGCCACAAGUAAUAUCUACCGAGAGGCUCUCAUGGUAGACGAGAAGAUGUGGCGGCUCAACGUCCCGAACUACACAUUCAAUUCUGUCGGACCGCACCUUGUUAUCAUCGAGAGUGUCCAGGAUGCAUCACACUGCGAGCAAGCGGUCCCGGAUCCGCUGUACCGCUCAGUUUACGUGGACAUUGCUGAGACUGCGGCCAUCGUGCCGUUCGACAGACGGGAAGACUUCUGUGUCGGCGACGUUACACAGUUCCAGCUGGAGGGUAUCCCACCGUGGACUAUCGGCUACCGCAUCAACGGAAAGUCGUACACACAAGAAGCCAAAAUUUCUCCUUUCUCCAUUGCACAGCAACAGCCCGGAGAGUUCACCCUCACGUCCAUCGCACACCAACAGAAGAUGUGCAAGACCGCGGUAACCGACCUACGCUACACUGUGCACCCGCUUCCUGCCGCACGCGUCGGCCAUGGGAGGAGAAUCGUGCAGGACAUCCACGAGGGAGAUCAGGCGGAGAUCAUCUUCAACCUCAUUGGCGAACCUCCCUUCACCUUCACGUACCAGCGAGCCGAGCUCACCACCAAGAAGGGUCAGCAAGGCAAGGUACUUGAGACCCACACUGUCUCAGGAGUGACGACGAAGGAGUAUUCUAUCUUCUCGGCCCUUGAGGGUACAUGGACGGUCACGUUCAUCGCGGAUCGCUACUGCAGAUAUCCGCCGAGCCAACCUGACGGCGUGGACAAGUCAAGAUGAGUGCAAUGGUAAAAGUAUCUAUGUAUAUAACGGUGUCAGCGCACACACCACCGGCUUGUAGCUGUAUAAUUCCGAUGUUCUGUAAUUCAGUCGAUCGUCUCACUUCAUGUCA